AUGGGCACCCGAGGCCUUGUGGGAUCACAGUCAGCUUCCUUCCCCCCGUGCCCUCCCCAGGUCCUGGAGUACAACGCCCCUGGGGGGAAGUAUAACCGAGGCCUGACCUUGCUGGCCGCCUUCCGGGAGCUGGUGGAGCCCGAGCGGCAGGACCCAGAAAGCUUCCAAUGUGCCUUGACCGUGGGCUGGUGCAUCGAGCUGCUCCAAGCCUGCUUUCUGGUGGCUGAUGACAUCAUGGACGACUCCCUCACCCGCCGGGGCCAGCCGUGCUGGGACAAGCAGGAGGGGAUUGGGCUGGAUGCCGUGAACGACUCCUUCCUCCUCGAGGCCUGUAUCUACCAGCUGCUGAAGAAAUACUGCCGGGGGCGGCCCUACUACCUGAACCUGCUGGAGCUCUUCCUGCAGACCUCCUACCAGACCGAGCUGGGGCAGGCCCUGGACCUCAUCCUGCUGGAGGAGAACUACGGCCAAAAGGACGCGGCGAAGGUGGCCAAGGUGAAGGAGCUGUACGAGGCUGUGGGCAUGAGGGCCGCCUACCAGGAGUGUGAGGAGAGCAGCUACCGCCGCCUGGAGGGGCUGGGGCUCCCCAGAGCCAUUUUCCUUGGCCUGGCCCAGAAGAUCUACAAGCGUCAGAAAUGA